AGUCAUCUACGAGUGACAGUGAAAUGCAAAAUAGAAAUAUGUUUUAGUCGAACAGUUUUCAAUAGUAAAUAUCCUUAAAAUACUGUGAAUAUUUAGUGUAAUUUGUAAUUAAGAAACUACUUUUGAAACUACUAUCCUGCUUAAUUUUGCUUAUAAGUUCAAUCAAAGAAUUUUUUGUUAAAUGCUUUUCAAAUGGAAAAAUUCCCAUUAAAGGGUGCUCGGUCUGUGGUGACCCCAGCAUCGUCAACAUUUACCGCAAACAACAGUACAUCAUAUCAAUCGGUAACCAAAAAGCCAAACGGGAAUAAUUCAAAGCGAAUCGCAUCUUCGCCAUCAACAGCUACAACCGCAUUAAAUCUUACCGACGAUGAUAUGAUCGAUAUUACGCCCCGCGAUUCGAUAAAUUACAAUCAACCGACAAUGAUGGCUGGUGAUUCGAAUCCGAAUUAUCGUGGUGGCUCUGCGUCAUCGCCCACACACAGUGCAUUCGCGAGGGAAUUCAAUGAGCCGGAUGCUUCGAUUAGAUUUACCGGUAAUGCAGCUGGAGGCAGUAUUUUAUUUUACGGCAGUAGCAUAGAUGCAGGCGAUGAAAUUCCGGGAAUUGGACAAUAUGAAGAUUUUCAUACAAUAGACUGGCAGAGAGACAUUGCCAGGGAUCGAAUGAGACACCGAUAUAUAGUUAAGAAAAUACAAUACUCUGUGUGGGAUUUCAUUAAGGGAGCCCAUGACGCAUGGUCCGGAUGGGUGUGUGUUUUGUUAGUCGGUAUUGUAACCGGCUGUGUGGCUGGCGUUAUGGAUAUUGGCGCUAGUUGGAUGACAGACUUGAAAUUAGGUAUAUGUCCACAAGCCUUCUGGCUGAAUCGAGAACAAUGUUGUUGGUCAUCGAAUGAAACUACAUUUGACAGUGGUAACUGCUCACAGUGGUACACGUGGCCUGAAAUAUUGGGCCAUUCAAGGGAAGGCGGUUUCGCGUACUUUGUGUCAUUCUUUUUCUACACUUUAUGGGCGGUACUCUUUGCCGCAUUGAGUGCAUCUUUGGUCAAAAUGUUUGCUCCAUAUGCUUGCGGCUCGGGUAUACCCGAAAUAAAGACCAUUCUGUCCGGCUUCAUUAUCAGAGGAUAUCUGGGCAAAUGGACGCUUAUCGUCAAGUCGAUUGGUUUGAUGUUGUCCGUUUCGGCUGGAUUGUGUUUGGGAAAAGAGGGACCGAUGGUACACAUUGCAAGUUGUAUUGGAAACAUUCUGUCCUACCUAUUUCCCAAGUACGGAAAGAACGAAGCGAAAAAGCGUGAAAUAUUAUCGGCUGCAGCCGCAGCUGGUGUAUCCGUGGCUUUCGGAGCACCGAUUGGUGGUGUCCUCUUCAGUUUGGAAGAAGUUUCGUAUUACUUCCCACUGAAGACAUUGUGGCGAUCGUUUUUCUGUGCGCUUAUCGCGGCAUUCGUCAUCCGAUCAAUCAAUCCAUUUGGCAACGAACAUUCCGUACUGUUCUAUGUCAAAUACAACGAGCCAUGGAUCUUUUUCGAACUGGUACCGGCUAUAGUUCUUGGAAUCCUUGGGGGUGCCGUUGGAACUCUUUUCAUCAAAGGAAAUUUGUAUUGGUGUCGCUUCCGAAAAUACAGCAAAUUGGGCCAAUAUCCAGUGACUGAAGUACUAACUGUUACAUUCAUUACUGCCGUGAUUUCAUAUCCCAAUCCGUACACCCAACUAAACAUGAGUCAGUUAAUCUACCUACUGUUCAGUCAAUGCGGCAUAUCCAACAGUGAUCCGCUGUGUGAUUACAAUCGUAACUUCACCAAUGUUAACUCAGCCGUUGAAAUAGCAGCUGCUGGUCCGGGUGUUUAUCGUGCCAUUUGGUUGCUGAUAUUGGCGUUCAUCGUCUAUCUAAUUUUGACGAUUUUCACUUUCGGCAUGAAAGUUCCGUGCGGCCUGUUCAUUCCAUCACUUUGUCUGGGGGCAAUAAUGGGCCGAAUCGUUGGCAUAGGAAUGGAGCAGUUGGCUUACAAUUAUCCCGAAGUGUGGAUAUUCGCGGAUGAAUGCUCCAAAGGUGGAAAUUGUAUAAAUCCUGGACUGUAUGCAAUGAUUGGUGCGUGUGCUGUUUUGGGCGGAGUGACGAGAAUGACAAUUUCACUCAUUGUCAUCAUGUUCGAACUGACGGGUGGUGUAAGGUACAUUGUCCUAUUGAUGGCAGCUGCGAUGACAUCUAAAUGGGUUGGAGAUGCGCUCAGUCGACAGGGUAUUUACGAAGCACACAUUGCACUCAAUGGUUAUCCGUUCUUAGGCAAAGAUGAAUUCGCUCACACAACGUUAGCGGCUGACGUCAUGCAACCGAAACGAAAUGAAACAUUGUCGGUGAUCACUCAAGACUCCAUGACUGUCGAUGACAUUGUAAAUUUACUGAAAGAAACCGAACACAACGGUUACCCGGUGGUGGUGUCCAAGGAGAGCCAAUACUUAGUCGGUUUCGUUUUGCGACGUGAUUUGAACUUGGCCAUUGAAAAUGCGAAACGAAUGAUCGACGGCAUAAGUGUUAUGUCUGUGGUGCUGUUCACAUCGGCAACACCAGCACAGAAUCUAGGACCGCCGCCAUUGAAAUUGAAAAAGAUAUUGGACAUGGCACCCAUUACUGUUACCGAUCAGACGCCUAUGGAAACGGUUGUGGACAUGUUCCGUAAAUUGGGUCUCAGGCAGACAUUGGUUACUCAUAAUGGUCGACUGCUAGGCGUUAUCACCAAAAAGGAUGUGUUGCGACAUAUUAAACAGAUGGACAAUGAGGAUCCGAACACUGUUUUGUUCAAUUAAAUCGUGCUUCUUAUUCUAUUUGAAUGCGCCCCCGCUGUGAUGCAGAUAUAACGUUUUUUUUUAAAGGGGGCAACCUUAGCAGAAUAUAUUUAUUUUUAUAAAUUAAUGGAGAGAUGGUGAACUUAGUAAUUAUUAUCUAACGCUAUACAGUCCAUUGUGAAGAGACCCUUCUUUCCGUUUAUAUACAUUAUACAAACAAA